GUUCAAUAACCAGUGAUUUGUCAUGGUGACCCACAGAGGGCGUCGAAUCGCUUCAAUCAAAACGUUCCAUAACGAAAUUUACGACACCAAUACAAAUAAUCGACCAAUUUCAGUGCUUUAAAGCGUUUUUUCAGACGCGCAAUCACUGGAUCACUAAUUUCAGACGGAAUUUCCGGUGAUGUGUCAAUGUUUACUUAUCCAAUAUUUGCUCUAACCACUUGAAAAAUGUCGGCACAUGUUGUUUGUGUCACCUCGGGGGGUGGUUUGCCCAUAUUUUCCAGGAAGAAAGGGAAUACUGACAGUUUACCCUUUUCAACAAUUGGAUCAUUGAAUGGAGUCCACAUGUUUGGAAAAUCGCAAAAAAUUACUCUUCAAAAUACAAUCACUGAAGACUACUCCUUAGCAUGGAAGGAAUAUCACGAAUGCUUAGUUUUGAUUGGGAUAUCAAGUGGUUGCACUAUUGAGAUCCUCACGAAGACUCUCGACUCGAUUUUCAAUGCAAUUGUGUUAAUUGUCGGAAUCGAAGAGAUCAAAUCUCAAAGAAAUAUCGAACGGUUUAAAAGAGAAUUGCGGAUAUGUUAUCCUUUGAUCGAUCGAUUGCUGGAUUCUUUAGAUUGUGGCGAUUCCUCCAGUAGACACUCCUCGGAUUUAAUAGGAAUGGUGGAAACAAUUUUGUGUCCUGAAAACCACUUGAUUCAGAUCGUUCUUGACUCGUUUACCGAAUGCGUCGAUUCCUUAUUUAGUUGCGUCCUUAUUCAUGGCAAAAUUGCAGCUGCGACCAAUAGCUGGUGGUCGCUCCACUCUGAAGAAAUCAAACUUUUAGCAAUUUUGGCCCAAAGUGAGAACACGUCAAGUUCUAAAGACAUUCCAGUUUUUCUGCCGUACAAAAGUCCAACAGUGGCUUUUCGUUUCGUUUGCUGUACUUUAAUUCCAGACAUCCAACUGUGUUGUCUCUGCGGUCCCACCCCCGUUCUCUCGGAAGUGGAAUUUUCCGCGACUAAUUGUUUCAAGAAUUCCGCAGAUAUUUUAAGUUCCGCCAUACAAUGCCAUCCGCGAAACUUCCACUCGACUUGUCACAUCGACGGCGGAAUUUUAGGUUUACUAUUGGUAAAUACAACUUACGGCAAAUAUAUGAUCACGAGAAAUCCACAUCAGAAUAGCAAUAAAAAGAACGCGAGCAGCUCGCAUCGCCUGGAUAUUUUACGAACGUUUUUCUAUCAAUCGGUUUUAACGUUCCUUGUGCCCAACGAAGACUCGAAUGAAGAUGGAAGCAAUUCGGAAAUUUCCAAUAAAAGCGAUGUAAAUAUAGGGUUUGAAACCUACUGGUGCUCGGAGUACCAUAAAUGCUUCGCAAUGAAAAUCGGGGAUAAUAUUUUGGCCGUUUUAUUUAACUCGUCGAUACCGACAUUCGCAAUGCGAUUGAUUACAGAGAAAACACUCAAGAAUUUGGUCUCAGAUAAACAAAUAUGCUGGUGAUCGUUUAUUUAAUAUAUUUUUUGCAAAAGUCAGUCUUUCAAUUCCUGAGGUACGGGUGGAGGUGUUGGGGGUGUUUUAUUGUCUUUCACUUUGCCACUGUAACUUCCGAAAAGCCAGAUUGUGUACGAACGAGCACUUCCGUAAAAUCGCCGGUUUUCAAAAUGAGCCGUCUGUAUAAACCUGAACAGAAUUAAAGUCACAAUCUGAAAAAACAAUCAUUUUAUGCAAGUUUGAUAAUCCUGACUCCGACAUACCUCGAGGAUAAUAUAGAGACACAAAUUACCCACAAUAAUCCAACCAACU